GUGCAGAAAUUCACACAAGUGUAAUUGUUGGUUCAUUAUUCAACAACCAACUACAUAGUGGAUUUUGAGGACGUAGAAGGAUUACCCCACCUUCGAACCUCGUUAAAGUUUGCGUGUCUCUCUCUUUUAUCUUNUCUCACUAUCUACUUUUAGAUUAACGAGAAGCGAUCAUAAUGGUGAACAAUAUGGAUCACGGUUUGCCCAAGUUUUCUCUUCUAGGUUAUGAUGAUUGGAAGAUCAUGAUGGAAGCACAUCUCUACGCUCUACAUGAUUGCAUGUGGAUGGUGCUUGAGGAUGGACCCUUGAAAAUCCAAAUGGAGAACCCUGAGAGGAAUCCAGCUGCUCCAGAUGUAGUCCAGUACAUCCCAAAGCCCAAAGAAAAAUGGGAUGAUAGAGAUUGCAAAAAGCACAAUCUGGACAACGUCGCCAAAGCAGCCAUCUUCAAGACACUUGAUCCCAUCACCUUCUCCAAGAUUAAGCAUCUCAAAACUGCCAUGGAGAUUUGGCAAGGUCUUGGGAAGCUAUGUGAGGGAUCAGAGGACCUGAGAAAGCAGAAGAUAGAAGUCCUGCUUGAGAAGUUCAAAAGCUUUAAAAUGCUUCCCGGAGAAUCAUUUGAUAUGUUGGAUGAAAGAUUCCACAAACUAUUGAAUGAUCUUGCUUCACUUAAACACAUUCUUUCUCCCAAAGAGAAGAAUGUAAGGUUGCUGAGAUCACUCCCAACUGAGUGGUACACCAAAGCCACUGCCAUGGAAGAAGGAAGAAACCUGGAGAACUACACUGUUCAAGGUCUCCUUGAUGAACUCAGAACCUAUGAGCACGAGCUGAAGAAGAAGAAGGAAGAACAAGUCACUCCCUUCCCCACGGCAUUGAUGACAACUUCAAGAAUUCCAUCAAGUGAAGGGACAUGCACAAGAAACUAUGACACACCUUCCUCCAGCCAGCCGUCAAGCUCAAAAAUGGAGAACUACGAUGAGGAAUUUGCCAUGAUGGUCAAACAAUUCCGGAAGUUCAAGAAGUUCUUCAAGAAGGCUGAUUCAAUCAGAAGGCCAUCCAAGGGAAAGCCACAGGUGGAGAAGUACGGAGAAAGAGAAAGGAUCGAGAAGAAAAACAAAGCAAUGGUUGCUGCUGAAAGUGACGAGUCAUCCAGCUCAAGCUCGGAUGAAGAAGCCCUCGUCUGCAUGGAGCGCAGAGUUGAGAAGUCCAACCAUGAGGAUAGGUGGACUACGUCAGAAGAUGACACUCUCUACCUAAUGGCCAAAGAUGAUGCUGAUCGAGAGGUGAAAUCCCUUAACAAAGAGCUAGGGAUACUCAAGUCCCAAGAAGCAGUGAACAAGCUGCUUGAAACGACCAAACAUAAGGGUCGCAAAGGACUUGGGUUUGACCCCUCUAGUUCCAAAAGGAAAGGGAAGACAACUUUCAUCCCUCCUAAACCUAUUGCCAAACUUAAUAAGCAGAAAGGGAAGGAAAAGGAGAAACCAACAGAAGUUCCCAAAAAGGAAGCCGCUAAGUACCCAGGUUUCUGGUACUUAGACAGUGGCUGCUCAAGACACAUGACGGGUGAUGCGAGCCUUUUGAGCAAUCUAUUUCCCUAUGAUGGUCCAAGAGUUACUUUUGGAGGAAGCAACGAUUUUAGCCUUACUAAAGGGCUAGAAAAUCUGGUGUACAAGGGACUAACCAUCCAAGCUGUAUCUUAUGUUGAAGGACUCAAUUAUAACCUUCUUAGCAUAAGUCAGUUUUGUGAUAAAGGUUACUCCUUGGAAUUCUGCAAGGACAUGGCAUCUCUCAAGAACAUCACCACAAAUGAAGUCAUUCUCACUGGGAAGAGAAUCAGAAACAUUUAUGAAGUGAUAUGGAACGAUGUCAAGGAAGCAUGUUUAAUCAGCAAAGCCCACUCAAAUCUUUCAUCGUCUUCUUCACAAGAAUCUUCUGAUAAAAUUCUCAAGAACCCUAAUUUCUUCAGAUCUACUCAAAUUUCUGAGAAAAUGAAGAUUGUUGGCGCUAAUAUCCAUUUCCAGAAGUUGGAAGCCAAGUGCUCCUCAUCAACGUUCUAUCAAACCUAUCUGGAGAUGAUUGCUGCUCAAGAGCUCUCCGAAUUUCUUCAUAUGGAGAUUCGAUUCAAGUAUGAGAACGAAGUUCUUGAAUUCUAUAAAAAUGGAAAGGUCAAGACUGUCAAAUCGAAGAAGGACCCACAAAGGACGAUUCAAGUCAUCAAUUCCACUGUUGGAGGGACAAAAGUGAAACUUUCGCAGAAGAAAUUGGGAGAAAAGCUUCACCUUCCCAAUUCUGGAGUUGAAAUUGGGAGACUUCCAGCCAAGAAUCUGGAUUGGAGCAUUAUUGGAAUUUCUGGGCAAAAUCUCUCUGGCCCAGCGAAGAAAGCUCAUCUGAACAACGACUACAAGCUAGUCCUUGAACUGGUCAUCGCAUGCCUCCAAUGUGCAAGUGGAGGACAUGCUGAUGACAUCACCCAAGAGAGGGCCUUCAUCAUCAAUGCCCUCAUUACCAAGUCUAAGGUAAAUUGGGCUGCUCAUUUCUUCAAUUCCAUCUCAAAGCACCUGGGAAAACCCAACCAGAAAUACCUGUGUCAAGGUCUGUACAUUGGACAUAUCUUGGAGCCCUUGGGUGCAGCUUCUGAAGGAAAGAAGUAUGAAGCCAAAUAUUGGCUGUACUAUCUGUCUUCCAAAGGGGAAAACAGAGCUGGUGCUAGCACAACUGCAGAGGAAAGUUCUUCAGACAAUGUCCUUAUCAUGAGUCUGAACAAAUCAGUAAAGAGGAAGCAAGUGGUGUCUCCCUCUCCCAGUGCUGAAGCACCACAGAAUCUUGCUCCAAUCAAUCUUGAAGAAGAAGAAGAAUCUUCUGACCAAGGAGAACUACAAAGGAAAAAGAAGGGGAAGAUCACCUCUCCCUCAACAUCUGGACAUGUCAAUCCGGAUGAGUUGAAGGAGAAAGAACCAACUGAGGAAACCUCUGCUCACAACCGGAGUCCUCAACAACUUGAAGAAGAAAUUCCUCAAGUUCAGAAUUCUCCAACUUCCUCACAACCUCAAGUAGAUGAUGUUGAGAAUCAAUUCUGGAAGCUCUACUAUGACUGGAGAGCUUGGAAAGUUGGAAAUUCAGCAGAACAGUUGCUGAGUUGGGACCAGCAAUUGAAGAAUGAGAAGAUCCUCAAGAAAUGCUUAGGUCUGCCAGUCAACUAUUGCUGUGAGCAAAUCCUGGAUGUUGACUGGGUAUGGCAAAGGAACUAUGAAGAUUUGUAUCUGGAACACUUGGUCAACUCACCAAUUUCAGAGUUUGAAGUGGAUGAUGAAGAUCCUGCAGUAUACAAACCAGUCCUCUCAAAAACCACAGAAGAUCAGAACCAGGAAGGAUCAAAUGAAGAAUUCCAGCAACUUCUUCAUUCUGAAGCUUUAGAGAUUCUCACAAAUCCUUAUGAGAUCACCAAUCCUACUGAAGCAGAGAUCCCGGAGGAGUCAACAGAAAAUCUGGAGAUGUCCAAAACUCCAGAAACAUAUGAAGCUCAAGAAGGGCAAGCUGUAGAAGCCCAGAGAAGCUCUGCAGAAGCUGAGAAGGAAACUCAAAUGGCAGAACUGGAGGCCUCCAAAUCUCCAGUAGCCAUUUUUGAAGGACAGAAUGAAGCUGAAGAAAGAGACUCCCUCUCUCGGGAUAUAUCAAACUUCACACUUGGGGAAGCAGAAGAAGAAUCUGAAAGGACCCUGAAGAUCAAUGAUGAAGAAGAUGUACAAGAUGAUGCUGAAUCUCUUCCUAUGCAACUCUUCCAAAGAACUCUCUCUUCUCAUCAGGUAACCAACUUCCAUUUCCAUAGCUCUUCCAUUCUUACUCUUCUGGAUGAGGUACCGAAAAUCUGGACAAAGAAGGUCCAAGGGCUGAUUGACUCAGCCCUAGCAUCUCAACAUGCCUCCUUUAGGCAAGAGAUAGAGCAGAUGGAAGCCAGGCACAACAAACUGAUUGAGAAAUCCGAAGAAACACAUUGCUCCAAUCUCAAGGAGAUAAGCAAAUCAAUGGAUAAGACUCUAGAGAUCUUAUCUCUAUUGAGUAACACUGUGAGCAACACGAUGGAGACAUAUGCAUCUGAUAGUUAUCUUCAACUCAAGGAGGCUAACAACAUCAGAGAGCAAAUAGCAAAUGUCACAAUCAGUCUACAAAAACAAAUGUCCAUUCUCCAAAUGGACAUUAGAGCAGCUCUGGCACUGUCUUCAGCAAAUCAAGUAGUAACCAAAGACUACUUGAAGGUAAUCAUUGACAAUCAGAAGGAAGAAAACAAACUAUUCAGACUUCUUACCACAAAUUCUGGAAAUCGCAAGAUGGAAGUGGUUCUUCAACAACACAGUCCAUCCUUGAUUCCAGAGCUUCCCAUUGCAGUCAAAGAAGGAGAAGUCUCUUACAUUCCUACGCAUCUAAACUUGACUGAUCUAGUCCUUGAAGCUCAGAGAAGCAAUCCGGAAAACUCAACACAGCGCUUAUCCAGCUCCGGAUUGGAUGGAACAGAGGCUGUAGGAACAAUUGCUGCUCACUUCUCAAAUGAAAAUCAAACAGAGGAGAGACGGAACAACAUAAGGCGCAUCAAGGAACUAUGUGGAAGCAUGGAAGGCAUCAGGGAGAUUGUCGAAUCUUCAGAGCGCAAGAAGCACUGAAGGUUUUCUUCAUCAAAUCAGGGGGAAAGUAUGUGAAAACAUUAAUUUGCUUUGAUGAAAACACCUUCUUGUUUAAACAUUGCUCUAUUGGUUUAAACAUUGCCUUAAUAUUUCUCUUAAUUGUGCUCACUAUGCUUGAUUAUACCUAAUUCAAGUAUGUUUUUGAGAAUUACUCCUAGCGCAUACAUUCAGGGGGAAUGUAAUUCAGGGGGAACUUAACUAGUUUUUGGCUAACAAUUGUUUUUGGCAAUGAAUUAUUGAUAAGCUC